AUGUUUGAAGGUGCAACAAAUCUCCAAAGCGUAGGCUUUGCAGGAAAAGUAAAGGAAAUCAAGGCUUCCGCCUUCAGAGGAUGCACAGGUUUAGUUACAUUCAGCAUUGGCCCAGGUGGCAAUGGCAACAUUGUCAUUGGUGAGAAUGCCUUUGCUGAUUGCUCAAAUAUGAUUGCAUUCCAUGCUCCAUCCGACACAAUUUCCAUUGCUAAUAACACAUUCAAUGGCUGCACAAAGCUUUAUGACUUGUUCAUCGGUGCAAUCACAGAAAUCGGCGAACAAUCAUUUGCAAAUACAGCCGUCACACAGGUUAUAUUGAAGGGUGAUAACUUUGUUGUUCCACAGAGUGCUUUCGAGAACUGCUCUAACUUACUUAGCGUUGUUUUCACAAAUACUCUUUCUGAAAUCAAGCCAAGUGCAUUCAAGAACUGCGCUUCUCUUCCAUCAUUCCACUUCCAAACAAACACUAUCAACUCUUUCCCAAUUGGCGCAUUUGCAUUCUAUGGAUGCACAAAUCUCGAAUCAUUCAGAGUCCAAUUGAAUACAACAGUUGUUGGUGAAAGUGCUUUCGAAGGCUGCAUGUCAUUAACUGACAUAUCUCUCGGCCCAAUUGUAAAAAUUGAGAAAAGAGCUUUCGCUAAAUCACAAAUCACUCAGUUGACAUUAUCUGGUGACAAACUCGUUAUUCCAACAAGCACAUUCGAAGGCUGCUCCAAAUUGAUAACAGUCGGAUUCAUGGGAACAGUUGCUGAGAUCCAAGAAAAUGCAUUCAAGUUCUGCUCUUCCCUUCAAUCCCUCGUUAUGAACACAGGUGCAACAAUCGUUAUUGGUGACACUGCUUUCUAUGCAUGCAGAUCAUUAAAGCAAUUGCAUAUGCCACAGGGCGAGUUGACUGUCGGAGCCAACGCUUUCUUCUAA